ACAGUAAACGAGAUAUCCAUAGAUACACAUCUGAAGUUAUCCAUUUCUCUGUAAUCCGAAAUGGAGAAAAACAAGAGAAGAUUAACCGAAACCCUAAUUAGAGGCCAAGAUUCUGCAAAAAGGCUGCAGAAGUUGCUUCCCCGGAGAGAGAAUGAUGAUGGGUCGGAUUCUGCUUACUGUCUUGUGAUGGAAAUACUUGGAUCUUUCUCCGGUGGUCUUUUGUUGUUGGAUGGUUGCGAUUCCGGCGAGUUUUCUGGAGUUCCGGCGAGUCCCCAUGUGGGUAAUUUGGCUUCUUCUGUUGACCAGACGCCGGAAGUUCACUCCGGCAAGAAACCGGCGGCGGCUGUGAAGGAACGCAGAGGUUGUUACAAGAGAAGAAAGACAAUAGAUUCAAGGGUCAAGAUUAAUGAUACAGCUGAUGAUGGUUAUGCAUGGAGGAAAUAUGGCCAGAAAGAGAUCCUCCAUUCCAAACACCCAAGGUGCUACUACAGGUGCACCCACAAACCUGUUUAUGGCUGCAAAGCACAAAAACAGGUUCAGAAAUUGGAAGAUGGAUCGAACCGAUUCCACAUCACAUAUUUUGGCCAACACACCUGCCCAAGUCCAAAUGCUUUCUCGCACUCACCACUUGUCCUUGAUUUCAAUGAUUCCAAAAACGAUCAUUAUUUCUCAAACAGCCCUUCAACUAUUACAAAUAUCCACAAUGAGCCCUCCGUCAAACAUGAAGUUGAAUCCAAGGCCCAAAGUAUUGAUGUAUCCGACACCAUUUCGUCGGCCAAUGAUGACCGCUCAUCUCCUGUUUUAGGGUGGGACGAGAUAUUGGGUUACGGUCAUGGUCAUGGUCAUGGGCAUGGUCAUGAAGCUGCAAUAUCGUUUGUGGGAUUUGAUCAUGAAGAUUCUUCUGUAACUACCAGCUCUCAUGAUCAUUUUCGGAUGGAUUUUCUCAACACUGGAAGUUACUUAAAUGAUCUUUUUCUCGAUGAAACCCUUUCCGAGGUUAAUUUGAUGAGUGGAGCCUUUCCUAGGUUUGAUUAGUCAAAUUCAAAGUGAAAUGCAACUUGUAUCGAAUAUAGUACAAAUUAUCAUAUGAGAACGGUUCUAAACUUGACCAUCAACGCUGUGAUCGUUGAACCCUUCUCUAGACUUGUACAUUAUAUAAUUAUCUUUCUUUGGCACGUACGACUCGAUUAUAACACAGUCUAGAAGUCUUGGAAGUGAAAGACAAAAGCAGGUUUUGUAAAUACAGAAUGUUAUUACGUAUCGGUUGUUUUUGCAACCCUUUUU